AUGCUGAAGCAACUGAAUGCAACUAUGAUCUCAAUCAUCCCAAAGGUAGCUAAACCUGAAUUUGCUAGUCAAUACAGACCUAUAUCAUGUUGUAAUGUACUGUAUAAGUGCAUUUUUAAAAUGUUGUGUGUAAGACUGACUGUCAUUUUACCUAGUAUAGUGCGUGACACUCAAGCUACAUUUGUGAAAGGCAGAUCACUUGUGCAUAAUGUUCUGAUGUGUCAUGACAUUUUGAGGUGUUACAAUAGGAAAAAUUCCUCUGCUAGAUGCCUAAUGACAAUUGACCUAAGGAAAUCUUAUGAUAUGGUCAAGUGGGAGUUUGUGGAGGAAAUGCUUGAGGGAUAUGGAUUUCAAGACAAGUUCAUUCAACUGGUAAUGGUGUGUAUUAAUACAACAAGAUUUUCAGUCAAAGAGAAUAAAAAGGGAUGUGGAUACUUUGAAGGAAGGAGAGGGUUGAUACAGGAGGAUCCCAUCUCACCUCUGCUCCUUGUGCUACUGAUGGAUUAUUUGUCUAGGAUCUUAAGGAAGAUGAGCCAAUUACCUGAUUUCUGA